AUGAGCCAGAAAAUAAAACAUGUGUUGACGGUGGCGUGUCUAAUACCUUACGUUCUUUUCGCCUUUUAUCUAACCAGUGACCUUUCCUGGGGUGAACAGGUCAUUAGCGAUCCAGUGAAGGAAUAUGGAAUUCUGGGAAGUAUUGUAUUAUAUGUAAUCCGAUGUAUGUUAUUGCUUCCUCUUAUGAUGUCAGCUUGUAAUCUCUUUGGAAUUUCCUAUUUUAAUUCCCAUCCUAAAAAACCAGUGCUGCGGUCUUCGCUCAUGUUUGGACCUUUUCUGUGUUUUCGCGUAGUUACGAGAGGCACAUAUCCAGAAUUAGUGAAACAAAAUGUGCAACGAAACAUUGAAACAUGUUUUAAAUUAGGCUUAGCCAAUUUUGUGUUUGAAGUUGCCACAGAUCGUCAUGUUGGCAUGAAAAAAUCCUCUCAAGUUCGCGAAAUAGUGGUUCCAGAUAAGUACAGAACUAAGAACGGUACUCUCUACAAGGCACGAGCUCUUCAGUAUUGUUUGGAAGAGGAGGUAAAUAUCUUGAGUGACAAUGAUUGGAUAAUCCAUCUAGACGAGGAAACCUUGGUAACAGAAAAUUGUCUGAUUGGAAUUAUUAAUUUUAUAAAUGAUGGACAAUAUGAAUUCGGACAAGGCGUUAUCACUUAUGCUAAUGAGGAAAUCGUCAAUUGGAUAACUACCAUGGCUGAUUUUAUUCGCGUCGCCUUGGAUUAUGGUUUACAGCGCUUUUCUCUUGGAUUUCUGCAUCGUCCCCUUUUCAGUUGGAAAGGAUCGUUCAAUGUUUCUAAUGCAGGCGCCGAGCGUCAUGUUACAUUUGAUUUCGGUAAGGAGGGCAGUAUCGCAGAAGAUUGUUAUUUUGCGAUGAUGGCUUGGAAAGAAGGUUAUAAAUUUGGUUGGGUGGAAGGUGAGAUGUGGGAGAAAAGUACGUUUACGGUACUAGAUUAUAUAAAACAACGUAAACGCUGGUAUCAAGGAAUUAACCUAGUUCUACGAAGUAAACGUAUUCCUACUCAGUUAAAAGGUGGAAUUGGUUUGUUGAUGUUAUGUUGGACAAUGAUGCCAAUCACUCCGAUGUUCUGUGUCAUAUUAAUACACUACCCUCUACCCAAUUCAGUUUUAUUUGCCUUUCUCUUCUCUCUUAUGGCUGGCACUAUGCUGUUUCUCUUUUUCUUUGGAAUGCUCAAAUCUUAUCCACUGCGUGGCCGCAAACUUAUAGGUCUUUUUUUCGUGCUUGUUUUAUUAUUUAUUCCACAAAUUACAGCCGUUUUAGAAACAAUUCCAGUGAUCUGGAGUAUAUUUUCAGCUCAGAAAGAUUUCCACGUGGUGAGUAAAGAAAUGAAGUCAUCUCGAGGAAUUCAUAUUGUUUGA